AUGAACCAUUUAAGAUUAUUAUUCUAUAUAAAUUGUUCAUUAUAUUUUUAUUGUUUUAUACAAUCUAUAAUGAUGACUGAUACCAUUCAACAAUCAUCUAUAAAUCAUAUUGAUUUAAAAGUAAAAGAAGAUAAAGAACAAAACAAUCUAUGGAAGAAUAUAGUUCAACAUAAUAAUGAAUCCCAAUCAUUAAUGAUAAGUCCAGUAAGACCUGGUAUUUGGAAAAAAUCUAAACGUACUAGUAAAUAUAAACGUAAUAAACAUCGUCGAAAAUUUAAUCGUCAUAAGAAAAUUUUACAUUACCUGUAA